GAAGGAAAGACCGGAAGUGACGCAUGUAGCUUUGUGAGAGAUAGACGACUGAUGGAGACAUUUUAAAUAAAUACACGGCUAACAGCUAACAGCUAACAGGGCUCGCGAAGGUGCGAGCACACUGACUGCGCCAAAAUACGUUUAAAUUCUCCCAAGUUUUUAAGAAGUGAAGUUUAUUUAUAAGUGCACUGUUUAUGCAUCGUCAAUCAAAGGGACUACACGUUAUCGAAGAUGUCAAAAAGUCUAACAGUGGAUAAAGAGGAAUACAAUUAACGCCGCGGUGAGCUCCUGUCCAGGCACAUUGGUCCAUGUUGGUUGGACCUUUGGGCUUUGGGCUCAACUUGCAUGAAGAUGGCUGAUUCAGAGAAGGCAGAGGAAUUUGUUGAUGCCGAAUGCUCACUAGAGUGCCUUGAUGAAGCACAAUCAGCCACAGCUUCUGUUCAGGUAGAUCAGGAUGACCACCUGAAAACAGAGACCACCACAAGUACCAGCUCACCGCCGAGGGAAAAGGAGGGAGACAGCCCCCUGAAUACAGAGGGUGAACAGAGUCUCCUCUCCAUGCCAUGCCUGAUGAAGGAACUCCGUAGAGACUCCCCGGAGUCCCAGCAUGCGUCCACGGGGAGUGAUAAGCCUGUAUCUCGUCAUAUCUACGAGAGUGACUCCUCAAACCCCUGCAUGCUGUCCCCCUCAUCCAGCGGACACCUUGCUGACUCAGACACACUCUCCUCAGGGGAAGAAGGUGCCACUCCUGCAGGAGAAGAAGAAAGCAACAUGGAGGCGUCGAAUGAACCAGGGCAGGCAGCAGGAAGGCAUGCAUCUGCCGCUUCCACAGGGGGAAGGAAGUCCCGGCGAUCACGCUCAGAGAGCGAGAUGCCUCCUAAUGCAAUGGCUGCAAAGAAGAACCGCUGCCAGCCCACCUCGGCCGCAGCGGGAGGGCAGGAAAAACAAACAAACGGCAAGCUGGGAAAAGCGAAAGGUCACCGGAGCCAGAAACACAAGGAGCGAAUGCGUUUGCUGAGGCAAAAACGGGAAGCAGCAGCGCGGAAGAAGUAUAACCUGCUGCAGGACAGCAGUACAAGUGACAGCGAGCUCACAUGUGACUCCAGCACCAGCUCAUCUGAGGAUGACGACGAUGACACUUCAGGAGGUAGCAAGACAAUCAAGACAGAUAUUUCAGGCCACGUGGAGGCAGAGCUGUCGCACAAGGAAACUUCUCAACACAACAAGGGCCAGAUUAACAUCGCUUCCUCUGACAGUGAGGUAGAAAUAGUUGGAGUGCAGGAGAAAGCAAGAUGUGCUCACCCAUGUGGAGGUGUGAUAAAGAGUCUGUCCUCCUGGAAAGAUAAUUCAGUCGAGCAGUUAAACAGCACAAAUCAACCCCAGCUCUGGACUACUGUUUCCCCUCAGCCCAACUGGGUGUCCCCCCCUGAAGUGGUGGACCUCACACUGGACGAGGAUGCGGGACACAAAUACCUACCUUAAUCAACUUGUACACUGAAGACUGCUCAUUUCUUCCUCUCACUCCUCAUCCCCCUUGCCUUGCCUUCAUUGUUAUGGCUGAAAUCCUUCCUCUGGUCGCGGCCUCGCCUGUAACUGCUCAUGGACUCUUCAUGCUACAGGGCUCUGUUUCUGUUACAACCUUCUGUUAAAUACUCAUGUAUCAGAGCCAUUCUACUGACGUGAUUCCCUGAUCUGGGCUUGGAUUUAGAUGUAAUUAAAUGGCACAGCGCUUCAAGUGCAGGUGAAAAAGUGUGUAGGGUAAUUUAUCUGUUAAUGAUAGCAAUAUUCUUUAUUUAAUACCUCAGUUACCCCUCAAUAAUGGCUGUGAGUUGACAUUUUGUGUUAUGUGCUUGCAAGCUCAAUAGUGAAAACAUGUUGCUGCUUGAGGUCAGUGUCACGACAUGGCUGUGGAUCUGCUUCACUAUACAGACUCUGAAUGGCAUAUUUUUGGACUUAAUUUUGAGGUUUAUUUGCUUUCACCUGCAGUCAACUCAAACACGGCAGCUGGAACUUUUUUUUUAUUGUUCAGGAGACAAUAGGUUGAUUGCAAAGUUUGCUUUGUACUCAUCAAAGGUCGAUUUUGUUUUUCAAAAGUCUCACCACUGGUUUAACAACUAGGUCCGUCUGGAUUUAUAGCUUUGAUUUUUUUUAAAUCUGUGCCCAGCAAAGGUACUGCCUGUAAUCUGUACUGGCAGGUAAGGCUUUAGUUUAUCUAAAAGAAAAUAGUUUGAUAUAUUUAUAAAGUACUUGUUUUGUGCUUUGUCAGGAGUUAAGCCUGACUUAUACUUCUGUGUCGAAUCGACGGCGUAUCCUACACGCAUAGGUCGACGUGCACCUCCUCCAAAAUGUACGUACGCGUCAAAUUGACGCGGCCCUGUGAUUUGUCCGCUCGCCGGCAUUGUAUUUUCCGCAUUUACAGCACUUCCAGGAUCCCAGCACAUCGGCUUUGUAUUUCAUCUCCCCCAAUGACAUGUCCUCACUAUUCUUCCAUGUAAGCAUUGUUGUAUGAUAAACAGCAACAUGUAUCAACUCUACAUUAACAUAAUACGUUCCGAAUCGCUGUGAAAAAGUAAACAGAAAACGUAGCAGGGCCGGAAACAGGCGACACGACUAGCGGAAAGACCACACUGCCCUCAAGCAUUUAGGGGGAGUAUUGCUGCAUAACACAAACACAUCGAUGCAAAAGUAUGUAGUGCUUACGUCUGCGUCAGCUACUGUUGCGUACGAUCGACGCAGAAGUAUAAACCAGCCUUUAGACAAGAUUACCUGUACUACCUUUUUUAUCUCUUGUAAUCUGGACACAUAAAGAGGAUGAUUUUUACAGGACUACUCUUUGGUUGGACGCAGUAUUGUCCCUCAGUUUCAACUGGUGAGGUUGUACAGAGCAAAGCUAGCUACAAGCUGUAGUUAUGUAUGUCAAACUCUUCAACACAAACUAAGAGUGCAUUUUACAAAAUGUCUUAAAUCCACAGCAUUUUUUUUAGAAUAACAAAUUCCAGUUAUUUGAAAACCACUGGUUCAACUGAAACCCUGAAGAAAAGAUACAAACACUCAAAAAGUAGGCUUGUUUUCACCACAGCACUUCUAUAUGCAAUGCUGGUUGUGUUGACAGUAAGAACCUUUGGAUAAACCUACUAUCGUUUUGACAUAUUUUGUGGAUAAGAGUCUGCGAGUAUUACAGGUGAUGUAGUUAUCAGUGAAUGUAUGACUGGGAGCACUCAUUGUUUGCAUGUUCAUCCUGAGUGGAAGCAAACACCUUUAAUCCUCUGGGGACCCCUUUAUGACAACUUAGGAAAGUCUUUUCCAUUGAAUACUGCAAAGCAAAAUGGCCUGAAUGCCUUGAAAUGUGCACUAUUUUCUUUUACAAUCGUAUAAAGCUUAUUCUUUUACCUUACAUAGCAGAGGAUUUUACUAUCUCAACAAUAAAUAUUUUAAUAAUAAAUACGGAUUUAGCAUACACAAGAGGAGCAACAGUGGGCUACACUUUGUGCCCACAUGUCAGGGAGUAGUAGAAGAGGCUUUUACUGUAUGAAUUGUUUUUACCCUGAGCCUCACAGGGCCUGCUUCCUCUCCCUCCCUGUGGUCUUAUUUCAUUUUCAUGCAGUUCUGCAAUCAUGCUGGUAUUUUUUAAACAAUAAUCUAACUUUAAACACUGUUUUAAAACUUAGUAUUUGUUAAAUUUCAUAUGGAAUACCACCUACUCUUCUAUACAAUGCUUGCAAAUUGUAGAAUCACAAUUGUUUACUUCUGCUGGUCACAGAAGGGAAGGGAAGAACUAAAUAUAAAGAACUAAACCAAAGCCUAAAUGGAAUUUAUGUUUCAAGUUUUAUUUCCUUUCCCAAUUCUAAAUUUUCUUUUUUUUUUUUAAAUUGCUCCAAAAUUCUGCAUCUAUUGAUUUGUAGGUAAGUGUGUUUUAUGUUAUUAUGGUCACAAAAAUUCAGUUUCAAACGUAAGAUACAGUUGUGUAUAUAAUGAUUUUUUUUAAAUUAUGUGUUCCUUUGGCCAGUUUUUUCCCACUACAUGCCGCUAUCACUGUACUAUUAUUUUACAAGACCACUUCUGCUUGCAAACCCCAUACUGCUACUAUUCCCUAGGAUCUUAAUGAAAUGUUAGCAAUACUCAUGUCCUUUAGUAACAGAUGUUUGGUAGAAAAUUCAGGCAGUGAUGCCUGACUAUGGUUGCACAAAGCAUGUUUGGUCACAUCCUUAACCUCAUGUCAGAUACUAUCCUCAUUACCUGUAAUUUAGCCUUGCUCUCUUUUUUUGUUCUUUUUUUUGUUUUUCAUUUUAUUUUACUGUCAGUAUUUUAAAUUAACAAAAAUGUGUUUAUUUUGUUGCUUCUGCAAGCCCUUGACUUCCUUAAAAUAAUGUCUAGAACAAAAAAGAAACUAUUUUAAAACUAAAUAAAUAGAGUGUUAUUUAA